UAGUUACACUUUUAUUUUUAAUUGUAUGUGUUUUUAAUCACAUCAGCCCCGUUAAGCGGAUUGAUUUACUCUGUAUUGGUAAAUAUGAUCACGUGGAGCCCACAACCAAUGGAUGGAGGAUGCAGUCUGCAAAAUACUAUGAUUGUUCUCAGGGAGGGUAUUACAUACAGUUAAGAGUGUAACCUUUUAUAUGAGUGAGAGGGGAGCCUAAAAUGUCGUCAAGUGGCACCAUAAGUAACUAUUAUGUGGAUUCUAUCAUAGGACAUGACAACGAGGAGGUGUACGGCGCUAGAUUCUCCCAGGGUGGUCACAGCACGACCUCUAGGCCACCAGGUGUUGGGGAGCCUUCAGAUUUCUCUUCUUGCAGCUUCGCCUCCAAAUCGGGCGUCUUCCCCACCUCCUGGUCCACGGUGCACCCCCAGCCUUCCUCAGGAAUGACUGGCCUCUACCACCCUUACAUGGCUCAGUCCCACCUAGGCUCAGACAGCAGCAGAUACACGGUGAGAUCCUGGCUGGAACCCAUCUCCAGCUCCACAUCCUCCUUCUCUGGAUUCCACCCCAACGGGCGCAACUACGGGAUCAAACCUGAGAGCACCCCGAAAAGGACCGAGUGCUCCUCCUUUGAACCCCAAGGGAUCGGCCUGGCCGAGUACACGUGCGAUUCCUUUGCAGAAACCCCAGAGAAGCCUCCACCUAAAGAGCAAGCGGCCAGCGAAGAACCUGAGCCCGACACUGAAUGCAAAGAGGAGAAGCAGCAGCAGCAGCAAAAACAGCAACCACCACAGCAACAGCCACAAAUUGACCCAAGCAAUCCUGCAGCAAACUGGAUCCAUGCUCGUUCCACCAGGAAGAAGCGAUGCCCAUACACCAAAUACCAGACCCUGGAACUGGAGAAGGAAUUCCUAUUCAAUAUGUACCUCACCCGGGAUCGCCGCUAUGAAGUAGCCCGAAUUUUAAACCUCACUGAAAGACAGGUCAAAAUCUGGUUUCAGAACAGAAGGAUGAAAAUGAAGAAAAUGAACAAAGAAAAAGGAAAUAAAGAGCAUUAACAGCCUCGGAUACGCACUGAGUAAUCUCUGUACUAUUUGGAACAUUGAAAUAUAUAUAUAGGUCCAUUUUUUGUUUUUUUGUUUUUGGAGAUAGAUGUAAAUGUGUUGUGUAUUUUGCAAAAAAAAAAAAAAAAACCUCCUUUGAUGUCAGUGCGCUUCAUGAUGCUACUUUUUGAAACUGUUUCCGUUCGGUUCAUUUUGUGAUUGCACGCUAGAAAAUCCAGGUAGGUAUUACUAGAUUAAAAAAUAAAUAAAAAAAUGAGACUUUUAUUAGGGAUUGACCUGCGAGUAGUGUAGCUCAGUUUAUUAAGCUAGCAGAAGUGAGUGUGGAUUGUGCUACAAAAGUCAGCAGAAGGGAAGUGUUCAUUGCUUACAUUGAAACCAGUAUAACAACAUUUUUAUUUUCCAUAUCCUUGCGAAAUGAUACAAAAUGCAGUCUGCAUGUAAUGUAACACUAAUAGCUAUUAUUAGUGACAACACAUAAAGGUAUACACACUAGAUUGUUCUAAUGACGAUUCAGAACAAUUCUUUCUUUUGCUACCUUUUUAAUUUUUUUUAUUAUGGGCACAUUGUUUUGCAAGACUGGUCAGUUUACAUUGUAAUAAUAUAAAAGAAAACUACAAAAUGAAAAAUCUGGUAGACUAAUCCCUACUCAGGCAGUGUUGAUGCAUUUGGCCCCCAAAAAUGAUACAAUUGUACAAAUUCGUUGAGAAAUUAGAACAUUUUGGUCAGUUCGCAUUUAUCUCCAUGAGAUAAAAAAAAUAUUUAGACUUGAAGAUACGAAAUAUAAAGGAAUAAUAGUUUGACAUUUUGGAAUUGGAGUGGUAUAGAAAUAAUAAUUUGAUAUUUGGAAUUGGAAUGGUAUCGGAAUAAUAAUUUGGAAUUUGGAAUUGGAAUGGUAUAGAAAUAAUAGUUUGGAAUUAGGAAUUUGAAAGGUAUCGGAAUAAUAGUUUGACAUCUGGAAUUUGAAUGGUACAGGAAUAAUAAUUUAAAAUGAAUAAAUAGUUUAAGAUCUGGAUUUGAAAUGG